GACCAUAUUAUUAUGCAUCUCAACAUGGCCUUCCCUCCCACUCACCAUGGUUUCUUGUUCCAAUCCCAAGAGGCCAACAAUGACCACCAUCUUCCAUCUCCCACUUCUCUCCCUUCUUGCCCUCCCCAACUCUUCCAUGGUAAAGGUGGACCACUGAUGAUGAUGAAGAGAUCAAUGUCCUUUUCAGGAAUUGACAGGUGUGAUCAAGAGUUGGUGCAUAAUAAUAAUGGGGAUGAUGACUUGUCUGAUGAUGGGUCACAGCUACUUGGGGAGAAGAAGAAGAGAUUGAACAUAGAACAAGUGAAGGCUUUAGAGAAGAGCUUUGAAUUGGGGAACAAACUUAACCCAGAGAGCAAAAUGCAGCUAGCUAAGGCUUUAGAUCUGCAACCAAGACAGAUUGCUAUUUGGUUCCAAAACAGGAGGGCUAGGUGGAAGACUAAACAGUUGGAGAAGGACUAUGAGGUCUUGAAAAAACAAUUUGAUUCACUCAAAGCUGAUAAUGAUGCUCUUCAUGCUCAAAACAAGAAACUUCAUGCAGAGAUACUGGCUCUUAAGAGUGGAGAAUCAAACCAUGAAGGUAACCUUAAGAAGGAAAAUGAGGGUUCUUGCAGCAAUGGAAGUGAAAACAGUACUCCUGAUAACAACAACAAUUUAGAUCUCUCAAGGACACCACAAUUGACAAGCAAACACCUCUUCCCAACAUCAUUUUCAUCAUCAAUUAGGCCUCCAACUACAAGCAUCACCCAUCUCCUCCAAGGCUCAUCAAGAUCAGAUCUCCAAAUGGUUCUAGAUGAUCAUCAAAAUUUUUCCAGCAUGUUCAAUUCCAUGGAUGAGCAGCAAGGGUACUGGACAUGGACUGAUCAGCAGCACCAACAAUAUAAUUAAUUUCAAGCAUCAAAAGCAGUACUACUAUUCUACUCAGAAGAAAAUUAGGAUCUUUUUCCUAUGAUUAAUUUUCUGUUCCUUUUGUUGAUGUAAUAGAUUGGUGUAUAGAAUUUUGAACAAAUCUGCUUCA